CUCGAAUGAAAACUGGUGGUAGGACCUCUUGUGAGUCCGCGCGGCUAGGUACCACCGCCCCGCUUAUUUCUACCGUGAAGCAGUUAUGCGUUUCGGUUUGAAGGGCGGGACAGCCGUUGUAACUAUACUCGAAACCUUAGAACUUAUAUCUCAAGGUGGGUGGCGCAUUUACGUCGUAGAUGUCCAGUAACCACUUAACAUCAGGUAGGCUGUGAGCUCGUCCACCCAUCUAAGCAAUAAAAAAAAAAGAUAAAAGAUAUUUGUCCUUGCUUGACUUGAGAGCACUUGAGAGACGAGCUGGCAGUUGUGCUGUCAAAAUCAUUUCAAAUGUCUAUUUAUCAAGUAUUUAAUCUGUGGACUGUUCUGUGAAGUGUGAACUGCGAACUCUGCGAAACACGAAACAUAGACACUGAGUAAGAUCGAAACGAGUCUUUCGUAACAGUUUGGAAAUAUAUAUAAAAUCAUCAAGAAAUGAUAUUCACGAACCUGAAGUAGUCUUCUAUGGCUUGCGAUGUUUCAUGAUAAGUGAAUUUUCAAACAAGUUGUUGUCAGUUUAUUUCUUAAAAUGUAAUCAAAAUUUCCAGUCCACGUCGAGACAUGGGUUCCAGAGUAAGAGAAACUGUAAAAUUUUUAUUUGAGUUAUUCUGUGAAGUAUCGCCUGGUGAUCAUUUAAAGGAACCAUAUGUGUUAUUCAAGUACCCAGAAUCAUAUAAAAAUGAAGAAGAGAUUAAGAGUAUUCCAAAAUUUACCUUUCCGUGUUCAUUAGAAAACUCUUUUGCUCAACACUAUUCAUUUGUGUUGACAUCAAUGGAUUCCAAGUAUACAUUUUGUUUUUGCCGAUAUGACCCUAAAGCCAACACUGCUUUAGUGAUCUUAUCACAUCUGCCUUGGCAUGAUAUAUUUUACAAAUUAUUAAAUUGCAUAGCGAAUAUAAUAAACAGUCCGGAGCGGGAUCAACUGCAUUCGUUCCUGGAAGCGUGUCGGAUACGACCUCCAAUGCCGGGACAUACCCUCAAGGUUAUAUACAAUGCCGGUCACAGUGUAUUUACAUGUCAGUGCCCUGACAGCAACAAGCUGCCAAGUAUCCCAGACAAUUGCAACCUAACAGAAUACUUCAGUGCGGUCGAUACAAAAUGCAUGGCGGGUCUGUGGGCAGCAUUGUUACACGAACGUCGAGUGGCCAUCGUAGCAUCGAAACCAUCGCGUCUGUCGGCUUGUGUCCAAGCGGCUAACGCGACUCUGUUCCCGAUGUCAUGGCAACAUAUUUUCAUUCCAAUAUUACCGAAGCAUUUGGUCGAUUACAUGCUGGCGCCGAUGCCAUUUCUGAUUGGAGUUCCUAGAAGCGUUAUGGAGAAUGUUAGGAUGUCUGAGAUAGGUGACGUUGUGAUUUUAGAUGUAGACGCGAAUGAGCUUAGAUCUCCUUUCAACGACUUGGAGACUCUUCCCCCUGAGUUGAUUUCGAGUUUAAAGAAGGCUUUGAGCGACAAAAACGCUCUUGGAGAUGCUGUUUCAAGAGCAUUUUUACGCGCCCUUGUCUGUUUAAUCGGCGGGUACCGCGAUGCGAUCAAAAUUGAAAAUGGUCAACUGAUUACAUUCAAUCCAGAAGCUUUUGUGAAAACGAGGAAAAACAUGCAGCCAUUCCUUAGAAAAAUACUACAAUCCCAAAUAUUCCAACAGUUUAUAGACGAAAGAUUGGAUUUGCUCAAUUCCGGACGGGGUUUCAACGAUGAGUUCGAAGUAGAAUGCAACGCGUACGCGGAUAAAUUGAACACGGGUAGUGGUCAGAAACUAAAGCAACAGUACAGAGAUUGGGCCAAGACGGUCAAGAAAGAAGGUGGAGCUUUCUUCAAAACCGUCAAAGAUAAGGCGAACCCAGCUGUUCAAUCGGCCGUCAAAACGGUACGCCAGGGAGGCAAAAACAUGAAAUCCGCCGUCAGAGGUCUCAAAAAUAAAAUCCCUAAAUCGGGAUCUCGACCGUCUUCUAUCAACACAACAGAUGAGAGCAGGUACUCGUGUGGUUCGGCCACGCCCGUGUCGUCGGAUUCAUCUGAUUCUCCAUCGCACGAUCUCCCCCCGCCCCGCGAGCCCCCGCCCGCCCUCACCCUCGACCUACUCACCGAAAUGGAGUACCUUUUCGUGAACAAGAGCGCACAACGACGCGACAGCUUCCCGAACAGUUCGCGCAACACUGAAAUUAGUCUACCCGAUAAGGCAAAAACACUGUCACCAUGCCUCCCACCCCGGUUACCGGAACGUCCCCAACUCCCAGUCCGUUAUCCGAUAAUUUCCACGAGGAAAUUAAUAGAUCUGUCUGACGCUCCGACGCCGCCGCCGCGAGCCACGCCCGCUCCACAGUACAAUGCGCAUUUUGUCAGUAACAUCACGAAAAACGAUGUGAGAACGACUACAGACCUCCACACUAGCUCCAUUUGCUUCAGUGAGGGCAACGACAAGGCCAAACUGAAACUGACGCUGUCGUCUAAUCAGAGGAAGGCGGCGGUACAGAGCACGCAGCCGUGUAACGGUAACGUGCCGCCUAGAGUAGCGCCCUCUGUGGCCAGACCGAGCCAACACAGGGCCAGGUCCGGCCAUGACAUUCCCGCAAACAAAAAGAGAAUAAUAGAGCCGUGUGGCUCAGAUACUGAUCUCAUUAAACUGGACGAUUCGCCGACAGACCUCGAAGAUUUCGAUCCGUUAAAAUUACGAGAUAAAAAUCAGAAAAACGAGCCAAUCAAAUCAUCCACGGAUAGUGCUCUCUUACAUGAAUACGGGCUCGAUUUCAGUCGAUUCGGUCUGUUAGAUUUUAAUGCGGGAACUAGCCAACAAGAAGCGACAUCUAGCGUUCCAAAAGGUUGGACCACAUUCAAUUAAGUAACCAUCUGUUGUUUGUUUUAAUAAUAUUAUCUGUAUUGUUGGCAUCCUUGUGUAUAACGCUUAGCUUUAAGUUAGUAUAUGAAAUGUUUUACUAUGUACUAUUUAUUUAAUUGAUAGUCUUCCUAGUUUUAUAUGUCUAUUUGUACAUAAUGUUACAUAUCAAUUGAUUGUAAAUUAGUACGUUUUGUGUAAAAUCGAUAACACUAUAUAAAUAUGUGUAUUUUUUGUUGUUGUUGUAUAUCUGUGUAGAAUUUAACUGUGUAUAUUGUGAAAUAAUUUCUGUAGGAAAAUUAUGAAUUUUGGCUGUUUAACAAAAGUUUUAUGAGAUGACAGUGAUUUGUAUGUAUAAUUAGCAUUGCUUAAUAUAAUGACAUAUUUUGUAGCUUUUAGAUCAUAAAGAUGCGUAUGUUUUCAAUGUUUAUUGUAAUGAAGGUGAUAUACUUUUGUAUGUAUAAUUGUUUUCAUAUGUAUAUCUCGUGACAUAAUAUAAGUUUAUGUUAAUAGAUAAAGCCUUUUUUCGCCGAUAGUUUGGCCAGGGCUGGUUCCAGACGUAUAAGAUGGGAUAUAGAAUGUUUUUACAAUAAUAUUAAUAGAUUUUUUUUUUCAAAAGUACCCAUCUUCCAAUAAAAUACAGCCAGCCCUGUAUUAAACCCCUGAAUUCCUGUGAUAUUUAUGAAAUUCAUGUACGAAAAAUCAAUCAUUUAAAUAUUCAUCUCAACAUAAUUAUGUAAUUGAAGAGUACAAUUAGCUUUUACAUAAGAUAAUUAAAUUAUUUUGUCUAAAUAUUAAUGUUAGUUUUAUAUAGUAUAUAAUGUUUGUAAAUCUCAAUAACUAUUUUAUGAUAUAAAGAUGAUUGAAUAUUUAAUUAACAUUAUACAUGUCGGCCUACAUUGAUUUCGGUACGAUUAUAAUAUAGACGCAAUGCAAUUUAACAUGAACAAAAAUAUACAUUUUUUUAAAAGACGAAUGAGUAUCGAUAAUUGUACUAAGAUCAUUGUACGACCGCAUCGAGGUGCUCUAUAACUUUUGAACACAAGAAAUAUAUAUAUUUGUCUCUUAUAAAAUAUAACACGAUAUAAUAGACAACAAACUUGAACUUUUUUAUUUUUUUUAUGUAGUCCACAAAGUCGUGCAUACAAAAAAUAAAAAACUUCAAAUUUUGAAGGUAGUUUUUUAAUCAAAUAAUACACUUAUCGCUUGAGCAUUUAAAUCUUAAGAACGAAUAGUCAAUUUAUUUAUGUUAGAGUACAUUAUAGAUGUUAAUUGUUAUAGUUCAAGUUGCUUAUUAAUGUAUUACUGACAUAACUCGUUUCGUAUAUUUACAACACGCAAACUUGAAUCAUUUUUCGUUUUGUUAAUAAAAACAGCGAACGUGAUAUACUCGUGUAUCUAUUCAAUGAAAUGCGGAGCGUUCAUAGAUUUAAAUGCUCCACUGAACAUAUCACCGACAAGUCAUCAUGAUAAUUUUACACUUUAUACUCUGUAAUAAGUCUGGCUGGGGGUACCGCUUUCUUUUGCUUUUGUAGAGACGAGCGCUAAUAUCUUUUUUUUUAAUACAAAAUCAAGCGUGUAUUUACUAAUGCUUCAUAGUUUUUUUUUUUUUUUUUAAUAUAUAUUUUUUGUACAAUGCAUGUACGAUUUUAUAAGCAAAUUACAAGCAAUCGUGAUUGGGAACUAUUUUUCUUACGUAAUCGACGGUAGUUUCAAGGGACUAUUCCGGUUCCAUCAUAGUGGUAGGCGAGCACGCGGAAUUCGGACCGAGAAUUGGGAACGAAGGGCAAUACUCGACAUUAAUAGGAAAUAUAUGCUGCUCCUCGAUUUCAAUUUGAACAUUGCAUAAUAUUAUUUCAAUGUUAUUAUUCUUUUAUAAGUUAUAUUAACGCAUAUAAAAAUUAGGGUCUAAGCGUCGAGCUUAUGAUUCUUAAGUCGAGAAUCGUAAUGUAUUGAGUCGCUGAGAUUGUCAUGCUCCUUAAAUCGUAAAGGAAUCUUUGCCGAAACUGAAAACGUAGUAAAUUACUACAAUAAUAUAGAGAAAGGACAAUAUUCAUUUGAUAAGUCAAAUUAUAGUUAUAUUUCUAGCGGCAGCUUACAAUGCCCGUCAAUUGUUAAUCACGUUGCAUUUUUGUUUAAUGCGACAUAUUACAAUCACCAGCCAUCUCUGUACGUAUUCUCAUAGGCAUUCGCGAGUCCCCGACGUGAUUAAUCUAUUUUUAUGCGACUAGCCAUGCGUGAUCCCCCCAAAAACUGAAGUAUUCAAAUGUCGGGCAUUUUUAUAAGCAAAUAAUAACCCCAUAUUAAACUCUAAAAAAACGUUGUUUCUUUUAUUCCUGAAAAUUAGUCAUUUUUUUGAACUCAAUAGUAUGUAAAUGCGCAUUUUCAUAACUAUAGAAUAAAUUUUGAUACGAUUCGAAAAAGAGAUUGAUAAUAAACAACACUACGCAUAAAAACUUUUUUAUAACGCUAAUCUGUCCAUGCAUUUUGAAAGUUUUCCUUUUUUUUUACCAAUAUUAAAGUGUACCUAACCUCAGAGUAUACAUAAUGUAUACUCUAACUUAUAAUAGAGUAUGAAGGGUGAAAACAAUUCAAUUCUAAUACAAAACUUAUUGUUACUUUAGAUGUAUUACACAUUCGAAAAUUGUGUAGUUAUAUUAUUAUAAUUUCAUAAAUAAAACGAAACGAGUUUACCUUUAAAAAAAAAAGGUGAAAAUAAAUGCUGAA